CCAUGGUCCGCCGCAAGCAUUGCCUUACGCGCACCCAGCAGAUCUUCUGCGAGCUGACCAAAAGGACGAAGAUAGCAGGGCCGAGCUGCGAAAGCUGGUGCUGGAGGCGUCCGAGGAAGUCCUUGGCGCGCGUGCGGCGCGCUGCCAGGAGACCUUGGGCGCACUGAGCGAUGCAGGCUAUGCCUGGGCCACGGCAGCGGCAGGCAGCAGCCUGGGCGAGGAGUACAGCGAGUUACUCCAGGUGGACGCUUCGCGUCACCCGACGGGACGCGACUUGCGGCUGCUCAAUGCGGCGUUGCACGGCGGCUUCACCCAGCGCUUGGCGGGACGAUGGACCGAGGGGUGGCAGAUGGCGAUGCGGCUGCACCUGGCGUUCUUCUACCUCUUCGGUCGUUAUCAUCACUGGGCCCAACGCCUGUUGCGCCUGCGAUUCAUUUCGCUCGCCGAGCGGCCGGACCGGAACUUCACAUAUCGCCUGCUGGGGCUGGUGCUGAUGGCUCAACUCCUAGGGCAGUUGCUGAGCAAAGUCCUGGCAAAACGGAGCUCAGAUGAGAGGCAGCUUGAUGGCAGCGCCUCGCUUCAAGCCGCCUUGGCCGGCGCAGCCAGCGCCCCUUUGGUGCCGCGUAGCGCCCUGGGGCGGGGGAGGCUGCCACAAUGCAAUAUUUGCAUGUCUUGCCCAGCGGAUGAUGUCACUGCCACGCCCUGCGGGCAUUUGUUCUGCUGGGAUUGCAUUGCGAGCUGGUCUGGUGGCACAGGGGUGUUCGCUGAAGCCUUCGUGCCCCCUGUGCCGUGCGCAAAGCCCUCCUCAGAAGCUGCUGCCUUUGUUGCACUACGCCGCACCGAUGUGAUGCGGUCCAUGCGGCACCAAAAAGGAGAACGCAGAGUGGCCUUCGAACGUUUGAUCGACCCCUUCGUCAGCGGCGUCUAUGCGGGCGACCCUUCGACGCUGUCCGCGGAAGCUGCCACUGGCCGCGUCCAGGUGCUGGAGAAAAAUGCCGGCUCCCUGGUGGCUGGUGCCAUCAAACUUUUCCAGGACCGAGCAUCUAAACCUGCAGAGCCUAGGGACCCGCGCCUGCCAGAGGUGAAAGGCCAAACGGUCGGAUCCUUUCGAAAAGGCCUCAAGCAGUUUAGCGAUGCGCUGUGUGAGGACGUGGCGAAGCAUGGCAGCCCCGUUCGGUUGCAGUGGAAGCUGACGAAGUUGGCCUACGACAAGCAGACAGAAAUGCACGUCUUGGACUAUGACACGCCGGAGGGACCAAAGCGCUUGCGAAGCAAAGCUUUGAUCCUGACCUCUCCCAGCUACAUCACUGCGCCACUGCUGAAGGAGGUGUGCAGUCCCGCUGCUGAAGCGCUGGAGGGGAUUCGCUAUCCUCGCGUGGCGGCCGUCACGGUCGAGUAUCACAAGAGUGCCUUCAGAGAACCUGCUCAUGGCAAGGGCAUCGUGAACGGCUUCGGCCAGCUCCACCCGCGGUCGCAGGGCAUCCGAACCCUAGGUACCAUCUAUUCCUCCUCCUUGUUUCCGAAUCGCAUGCCAGAUGAGAACAAGAUCAUGCUGCUGCAUUAUAUCGGCGGCGCCCGAGACCCAGAGCUCUUCGGGGGGAUCCAGGACCUCAGCGAAGGGCAGCUGGUGGAGGCAACUCACAAAGACACAGUGGAGACCAUGCUGCAUUCCACCGAGGCUGUGUAUGAGGACAACCCCAAGGGCCCUACUGCUUUGAAGCAUCCCUUGAUGCCAUGGCCUCCUGGAACCGCCAAAGGAGAGUCCAAGGGCCGAGAGCAGGACCAUACGAAGAAGGUCAACAAGAAGAAUGACAACAUGGAUGAGAAUACUGUGCAGUACAGUGUGGACAGCGCAGGCGUCCCAUACCCAAGAAGCUUGUGGGAAGCUACUGUGGAGUACCACGACUACGUGCAGUGGAAUGAAUCUUUUGGCGUGCCAGUUGACACUUUCGAUGUCUUCUUGAACGACUACCCCAAGGCAGUGAAAGACAAUAUUAUGAAAGAGUAUGCCGAGACUCCGAAACGUUUAGUCGCAGAUCCCUUGGUGGGGGUAGCAGACCUGAUGCAGCCAGUAGAAAAUCUGCUGCAACGAGAGAAAGGGAUCAACCUCGCAAAGUACAUCCAGCCGCCGUCUGGUGUUUCUUGGAAAAGUGCUGUUCCCGUUGAGUGGCUCUGCAAACACCAGGAGCUCUUGACGGACUACAUCAACAUCUCAAAGAACACCAUCAUCAGUGGCAAAAAGCACAAGUUAGCCCUUGAGAAGCUUCAUCAUCAGCAUGACAUACUUGGAGGUCGCAAGUCCACUCAAGAUGCCGUGGACUACGUGGACGACACCAUCCGCAUGGCUUUAAGCCAUUUGCGCCAGAUGUGCCAAGUGGUUCAGAAAAAGGAUACGACGUACCGAAAAUGCAGUCCAGCGAUGCAAGAAACGUUGGAAAAGUUGCUGGUGAAAAUCGACUUUGGCCCGCAAGAAUCCUGUACGGACAUGGUCCCCUACGAUGGCGAUGCCCGUGGAGGUGACCAAGGGCAAGGUAGACCGAGUUUUUCGAGGGCAGGGAGCUCAAGGGAUGAUUUGGGCGCCUCAGGUGGCAAUGCUUUGGCGUCAGGGCCAAAUAGGAACAGUGAGGUGGAGAUCGGAGAGAAUGUGAAGUUGAGAAUCUUUGGAGAGAAGCCUGAAAGUGUUUUUGACAGGAUCUUGAGCAAGAAGCCGAGUGACGCAACAACUCCAACGAAGAAGUUGACCCAGAAGAAGAAAGAGGACACGCCCAGUCCUGGAGACCCCUUUGUCUGCAGCUUGGAGAAAUUACCUGGAGAUGAUGAUCUUUUGAAAAAGGCAGCAGAGGUGCCACCUCUUACCAAGGGUGGAAAGUCUCAGCAGCAGAGGCUAAAUUCAGCAAAAAAGAUGAAAAGGCCAGCAGCAUCCAAGCCAGGAAAGGAGGAGAAGAAGUGCAAGAAGCAGAAGACCCUUGACCACACCCAGGGUGAGGACAAGGAGGAUGAAUGCCCACCUCAGAAUGCGAAGAGGCCGGCUGCUUCCACGAAGAUGCAGAAAACAAAAAACGAUAGCGAGAAGAAAGGCAAAAAGAAGAUGGGCCCACCUUCCGACCAGCUGGACCCUAGCAAGCCAGCAGAUCGUGCGAUUUUGAGGAGAAGAGCAGAUUCAGAUGCCUGGCACAACACCUUCAAGCAAGAAUUCGCCAAGAAUGAAGAUGAGGACAAAAGCAAGGAGUUGGCAAGAGCAGCUGCAAGGAAGGCAAGAGAAGAGUUUGAUCGAAAGCAUCCAAAGCAACCAGUUCAGGCAAAGUCGAAGGCAAACAAGAAGGAGAAGGAGAUCACACCGGCAGAGGAUAUCAACGUUCAGCCUCCAGAUGUUUCACAGGAGAAGACUUCAUCGACGGGCCCACAGGACAUCGACUAA